AUUUUAUUAUAACUACAAACUAUAAACCCUCGAGUUCAUCCCCAAAAUGAGAAACCUCCGACAUCCAUCACGCUGAGACGCGACAAUUUGCCUUCAAAUUGCAGCAUAUGGCAACUCUAUGAUGAGCUGCAUUUCAUAUAUAUCAUCUGCAACUGUAGUUUCACGGAGUAGUCAUGUCGUCAUGAGGAGUUCUUUGUAUGGGUUUUCUAGCAAUUCAUGGAAACGAGGUAUAUGUCAUGCUGGCUUGAGAACGAUUAAAUUAGAUUUCCUCUUCUCAAGAUAUCGUGUUCGGUGCUACUCUGCUCGUCGUGCACGUGGCUCACAACCACCAAAAGUUAACCCUGAAACAUCAAUGGAGGAAGAAAAUAAGGCAUUCUAUGUUGUCCGUAAAGGGGAUGUUAUCGGCAUUUACCAAAAUCUAAGCGAUUGUCAAGCUCAAGUCAGCUCUUCAGUAUGCGAUCCUCCUGUUAGUGUUUACAAAGGUUACUCUUUGCAUAAAGAAACAGAGCAAUUUCUUGGUUCCCGUGGCCUUACAAAUGCUUUAUAUACCAUUCAUGCUUCACAUGUCAAAGAGGAUCUUUUUGGAACCCUUGUUCCUUGUCCUUUCAAUCAACCUGAUGGACUUGCUUUUUUGAUUGAUAAAUCCCAUGAUAAAGCUCAUUCAAAAAGACCAGUGGAAGCAGCAAAUACUGUGGGUGUUAUCGGAUCUAGUUCUGUUUCGACAGAGGUUUUACAGAAACGUCCAAAAUUAGGGCUGGCUAUCGAGGCUCAACCUCUACGUAGUAAAAAAAUGUCCUGCACUGUUGAGUUUGAUGGUGCCUCUAAAGGGAAUCCCGGAAAAGCUGGUGCUGGAGCAAUACUUCGAGCAGAAGAUGGAAGCAUAGUUUCUCGACUCCGCCAAGGAUUGGGCGUUGUUACCAAUAACGUAGCAGAAUAUCGAGGCUUGAUUUUGGGAAUGCAAUACGCUCAUAAGAAAGGAUUCAAGGAAAUAAAAGUGCAAGGUGACUCUAAACUUGUUUGUAUGCAGGUACAAGGUCUUUGGCAAACCAAGAACCAGAACAUGGCUGAUUUGUGCAAAGUAGUGAAAGAACUCAAGGAUAUGUUUGGAUCAGUCCAAAUCAACCAUGUUAGGAGGGAGUUUAACUCGGAUGCUGACGGAGAAGCAAACUUGGCCGUCGAACUUCCUAAUGGUGAAGUUUAUGAGGAAUGUGGAUAGAUUUAACUGAUGCUUUUCAACAUAACACACAAGGAUCAUGAAUGUUUGCUUAAUUAUGUCUUUGAUUCAAUUUCCACAAAAAAAAAAAAGAAGCCAAAGUGAAGACCCUCUUCAUAUUCAUGUGAAGGUAUGAUAUGAAUUCAUUUAGUUGUUGAGUAAUUGUGUAACAAAUUAACAGGAUGUGGCUGUAUUAAUUUUUUUCCCCCAGUCAAUUUGAGUUGUGUUUUUAUUGGAAAUUAGUCCCAAAUAU